AUGGCUUGGGUCCUUCGGGACCAUCCAGCACCGGAGAUAUCGGCUGCGAUCUUGGGAACUCAAUAUCGCACCCCAUAUCGCUGCGAUGCCAGCUCCGCCUCCGCCAUUCGGCACCUCCUUGAAGAGGAACAUUUUUUUGUAAUCGGGUGUGCCGAUUUGCAUCUUCUAGACAUGCUGACACCCACAGAAAGGAAACGGCAAGGGUACAUUCAUGAACUCAUAGUAACAGAGGAGAACUAUGUGAAUGACUUACAGUUAGUAACAGAGAUCUUCCAGAAGCCACUGAUGGACUCUGAACUGUUGACCGAAAAAGAAGUUGCUAUGAUUUUUGUAAACUGGAAGGAACUCAUUAUGUGCAAUAUUAAACUACUGAAAGCACUGCGAGUUCGUAAAAAGAUGUCAGGUGAAAGAAUGCCAGUUAAAAUGAUAGGUGAUAUCCUGACUGCACAGCUUCCUCACAUGCAGCCCUACAUUCGGUUCUGCAGCUGCCAGCUUAAUGGGGCAGCGCUCAUCCAACAGAAAACAGAUGAAGUGCCUGACUUCAAGGAAUUUGUUAAAAAAUUAGCAAUGGAUCCUCGCUGUAAAGGGAUGCCAUUGUCAAGCUUUUUGCUAAAGCCUAUGCAACGAGUUACACGAUAUCCUCUGAUAAUCAAAAAU